AUGUCAAACUUUGAAGAAGAAUACAGUCUUCAUACUAAUUCUCAAGAUAUAGGGAAUGGAGAAGAACUACCUGAAGAUCCCAUUCAAGAUCAUCGGCCACGAUUAUUAAUAAUGGGCCAGAGGAGAAGUGGAAAAUCUAGCAUCCAAAAAGUUGUAUUUCACAAAAUGCCAGCAAAUGAGACAUUAUUUCUUGAAGCAACUAACAAGAUAGUCAAAGAAGAUAUCACGUCAUUCAUUGACUUUCAAGUUUGGGAUUUUCCAGGUCAAAUUAAUUAUUUCGACGCACCAUACGAUGCAAAUAUGAUAUUUGGGGAUUAUGGGGCAUUAAUUUUUGUUAUCGACGCCCAAGACGAUUAUAUUGAAGCUUUAAAUCGCCUUCAUCAUACUGUAACACGAGCAUAUAAAGUCAACCCUGACCUUUCUUUCGAAGUUUUUAUACAUAAAGUAGAUGCAUUAUCUGACGAAUACAAAAUUGAUACUCAACGUGAUAUUCAACAACGAAUUACAGAUGAAUUGGCAGAUCAUGACUUGGAACAUGUUCAUUUAAACUUUUAUUUAACCAGUAUUUACGAUCAUUCAAUUUUUGAAGCAUUUAGCAAAGUAAUUCAAAAACUUAUACCUCAAUUGCCAACGUUAGAAAAUUUAUUGAAUAUCUUGUGCGCGAAUUCUGGCAUAGAAAAGGCUUUUUUGUUUGAUGUUAAUUCCAAAAUUUACAUAGCAACUGAUAGUUCACCCGUAGACAUGCAAUCUUAUGAAAUUUGUAGUGACAUGAUUGAUGUAAUCGUUGAUAUAUCCGAAAUUUAUGGUCGAACAAACUCAUACCGCGAUGAAUCAUAUGACGAUCCAUCACAAAUUGAUGCCAAUGGAUCUUCAGGCAAUUAUGAAACUGCAAAUGAUGCAUCAUCAUUGAUUAAAUUAAAUAACGGGACGAUAUUGUGUCUCAGGGGUGUUAACAGAUUUCUCGCGCUGGUUUGUCUUCUUCGGGCUGAUAAUUUUGAAAAGCACGGAUUAAUAGAUUAUAAUUUUCAAUGCUUUAAAGAAGCAAUAGCAGAAGUGUUUGAACUGAAGCGUCGUAACGCAGAAAGAGCUAAGCAUGAAAGAAUGGGAUUAAUAGAGAAUGUGGAUGAUAGCAUAGGAGGAUAA